CAUUGAUUUUCCACGUUUGGUCAGCUUGGUGUUACGGAGAGAAGUAAAUAUUUGAUCCGCGGUGUGCGUAAAAAAAAAUUACACCAUGAAGAAGAAACAAUUUGAUGAGUUCUUGGGAGAAUUUCAGUCACUCCCACAUGAGGUGUCUAUUAUGAACUUUGUCUCUUCACGAGCUCAUGAAAUUUCUGCGAUGACAUCUUCAAUAGAAAAUCCUAAACAGACCAAGUUAAUAUUUCAAAAACUUCCAAUAUAUAUGCGUAGACGUGUCAUGUCUCAUAAUGUCAAAAGAUUGCCACGUAGACUGCGAGAGGCACAUUUGGCACAAAUGGCAAAAUCAGGAAAUGGCAAAGAUUUACCAUCCACAAACAAACGAUUGUCUCGAAAGUAUCGUAGAAGACCACGCAAUUUACUUUCCGAAUAUAAUCACAGACAACGCGAUAAAAUAUGGUUAGAAACGCAUAUCUGGCAUGCAAAACGUUUUUACAUGAUUGACAAAUGGGGAUAUAGAAUUGCUAGUCAUUCAAAUGAUAAAUGUUUUAGAGCUAAUUAUCGAGCCGCUACAAAAUAUUGUCUCCUACAAGAUAUUUCUUAUUAUACUUGUAUUGAAAUAACAGGAGAAGAAAAAUCAUUAAAGACUACUUUGAAAACACAUUGUAACACAUCAAUGUUAACUUUCACAGCGAAAAAAUAUAUUAAUGGUCAUAGAGAAGGUACUUUAAUGUUUUAUAAGAAAAAUGGUUAUCCACAAUUUCCUAUUGGUAAUGUGGAUUUUUUCUGGCAACCAAACAAAUCAGACGUCCAAACAAAUGUUAGAACUAUUUGGAUCUGGGUACAUCCUGCUUUUUAUGACGAUUUUCUUAAUGAAAUUAUAUCAAGUUUUGAAUUUAAGCAGAAUAAUGUUGAACAAGAUGUAGCUAGUACUAUCCAUAACUUGAACUGUUUGUACACAAAUAAUGUAGGUUGUACAAUGAUUAUAUUAAGAAAUGCAUUAAAUAGAUUUCGGCUUCGUGGGGCAUUGACUCUAAAUGUACUAACGAAAGCAUUACAAUUGCCAUCCUUAAAUAAAUUAGAUUUUUGUACAGAUUACACUAUUCUGAAAGAUAAUGACAACUCAUUAAGGAGUAAAAUAUCAAUAGAUAAUGUACAAUCUACAGAGAAAAAAGUGAUUGAUAAAAUAAAUGAAGAUAUUACGAUUUCUAAAUAUCUAAAUACAGAACUUGGUAAAAAUACAUGGUAUAUUAAUUACUAUAAAAAAGAAGAAAAUAAGGAGGCUUUCAAGGUGCAAGAACAAUUAUGGCAAAUACUGAUGUCUUUGGGAUCACCAAAUUACUUGGCAACAAAUAUGAUUAUUGGAGUAACUAUUUUAGAUCCCCGCUUCUAUUUACCUGAGAAGAGAACAAAAUGUAAUACCGAAAUAACAGAAACAUUUUCUCGAUCGAUUCUAGUUGAUCAACUAGUAACUAAUUCUAACUAUUCUCCAAUUUGGGAUUCAGAAAUACGUCGUAUUGUAAGCAGUUCUUGUAUGCCUACAGACAUUAUUAACAAACUCAGAAGUGAAUGUCUUGUGCCCGGUGUCUCAAACGAUCAAUAUUAUACUGAGGACAUUAUGGCAAAGAUACCUAUACUUCUUAUUCAGAAGCCGGGAACUAUCACAGGUUUAGAUUCUGGCAUAGAUGUUGUUGUACCAGCUAGAUGGGCAAUGCCAUUUUGGCUUGCAUUUUUAAUGCAAUGUGCAAGAGCAGGUGGACUUCAAGAAUCAAGAUCGAUAGCUUUUGAAAGUUUGAAUCCAAAUACACCUGAUGUCAAUGAUCCUGACAGUCCUGCCUACAUAAGAGAAGCAUUAAUUACAAAGGAACAAUUGACUAAAAAAUAUUUCCGUUGCCCACCAAAUAGAAGAAUUAAUUUUGUCAAGUUUGGAAUUCGUAGUCCUUUCUUUUGCGAUUGGAAAAAUUUGAUGAAAAACUGGUCGGGCAACGAAGAUUUUUAUGUUCUAAGAAAUCGCGAAAUCUUGCUACUUUUACAAGCAGGUAUUUGUCCUGCCAAAAAUAAAAAUGCAAAAUUUCUUGCUCGAAAUACGCAAUCUAAUUUUCCAAAUUUAGACGAUUAUAAAAAUUGUUUAAUACAUGUUCAUAUAUCUAUAGUGGGAAAAGGAUCGCCGAAAAAAUUUGCUAUCAUAUGCAUGCCGACAUUCGAAGAUUUGAACAGGAUUAAAACUAAUAAGAAAUGGUUUGGACCUGUAGAAAAAUGUCAUAACGAUCCAAACGAAAAAAUUCGUAAAGCAUUACGAAAAAAUCAUUUGAUAAUAUUAAAACGACUAAGACGACAAAGAGUUCGACGGAAGCAAGUGUUGAAAAACAAUGCGUUAAAGUUACUAAAGGAACCGGACAAGUUAAACGAAAAUGAACGUACAAUCGUUUCAUCGCAUCGUAAAAUUAUAUCUGAUCAACUGGUAAAAAUGUCUGAAUUAUAUCUUCCAAAAAGUGCAGAAGUUCGUCAUUCUUGCGAUAGAGAAGUUAUGGGAUAUAUAACACUAGGGAACUUUUCAUUUAGUCAAGCAAAAGGUAUUGGUAUCGGAUAUAUCACAUUAAUCUCAUUACUCGGAAUGAUUAACGAAAAAUCUAACAUCGUUCUUGUCAGAAAUCCUCAAACACGACAAUACAGAUUAGCAGAAUUAAAUAUAUUAGUUUGAUAUACAAUGUGUAUUUUAUAUUUUAUA